AAGGAAAUGCGGACUCUGCCUUCCCGAUGUUUAAAGCUACCGAGAAUCGCGCUCACCUCUCUACGUGUGCACCUCGUGGCGUGGAAAACGCUGGCACCGCGCACAAUGGUUGCCAUAGCGACCUCCUCCCAACGGACGGGGUCUUGCAGAGGGUGUGGUCGUCAGAAAGAGACCUCUGGGCGCAACAGAGAUACAGGAAACGGUUAAAGGGGAAAGUAAGCUUUCCAUGAGUUUGGGAGGAGCCACGCUCUGAAGGAGCAAGCGGCGUAAAACUCACCUGCUGCGCGGACGCUGACAGCACGAUUGGCGCACAACCUGGAAGCCACAAGACACUCCACGCCAAGCUGCCCUAUUCACGCGUUCAUUUCACAACCCAUGCGAACCGACACAGGUUAUACUGUGCAAGGACUGGUCGCGUGACGGCCGCGUGACCCCCAACGAUUUGAGAGUCUGAAAGGCGCGAGUCUUCGGCAGGUUAGCGCGGCGCGCUAAGAAGCCAGUGGAGCGUUGGCGUAUCACACUGAUGUGCAAGGAGCUCCGCUUCCUCGUGACUGGAUUUGGAAAAAAAACAGGCAGCCUCAGACGCGCCGAGGAAAAGAAGGAAGGCACGCAGGAAGCAGGGAAGGAAGGAAGAAAGACAGACAGACAGAGAGAGCGAGAGCCAGACAGAUCGGAGAUUAAGCAGAAGACGCCCAGAGAAUGCACAACAUUGUGGUUUCAAGAAAAUGUAAUAUUUGAUGGAACUACAUGAUGAAAGAAAAGCAUCCAUUAAGUAAAACUCCUGGAACAAAUCACUUUAUAAAAGAAAGUCAUUCAAAACUCAAAUAUCCCACUAAACGUACAAGAGAAAAAUGAGUAUCGACUGGGAUUACAGUUUGAUGAUUUUUAAUGGAAAUAUCUGUUCCAGCUCUUCAGCUUUAAAGGAAAAUACAGGAUUUUGGAUUAUCUGUUUCAAGAAACUCAGUUUAUUCUCAAGUUAAAAUGUUUUGAUUAUUAAGUGUAAAACGGAAGAAAUAUUUUUGAAUUUUGCCAUAUGUCUUUUUUUUUAUACAAGUACUUAUUCCCAUUUCCAUGUUCAGUAUUACCUGAGUAAUGUACAUACAGGUGGUUCACAUUUUCAAAAGCCUCUGCUUUCUCUGACUGAAUUUUAGAUGUACUCAUGGAAAGGACAUUGGGAUUGCAGUUUACUUUACAGUGCAGUAUUUUCAUCUGGAAACAGAUUUAAAAAAAAAUAUAUAUUUUGCAUUGAAAAUGAAGAAGAUUGUCAAACAUUUUUAUGAAUAAUAAGCAAACAUUCAAUAUUAUGAGAGAUAAGAUUAAAAAAUAUUUUAAAUAUAUGGUAAUUUUUUUAAUAUUAGAUGUGAUCAAUCAAAGUUGGUAUUUCUUCUGUGAGAUGAAACUUUUCUAAAGAUUCACAUUUUCAUCCAAAACCCAAAAUGGUGAUGUCCCAAGGCACAUACACUUUUCUUACCUGCUUUGCAGGUUUCUGGUUGAUAUGGGCACUUAUUGUUAUGCUAUGCUGCUUUUGCAGUUUUGUUCAGCGAAGGGUGAAACGACGUAGAGAAGAACGCCUUCAUGAGCAAAGUCUGCGUACUUUGGAAAUGGAUCCACUUACUUACCGUGGAUAUACUCCACGGGAACCAAUUAGUGUUUGCCUCACACAGGAUCACCCUGCCCAAAUUCAGUGUCCACAGGUCAUACCUUCUGGAACAUGGACAGACACUUCUGAUAUGGACAUGUUUGGUAAACCACCAUGCUAUGAAGAUGCAGUAAUGAUGGAGGACCCACCACCUCCCUAUAGCCAAGUGUUAGCAGACACAAGAGGAGGAAUCUACACUAAACCAGCCACUGGUAUAUCCCGGAAGCAGGACCCAGAACUCAGCAAAAUUAUCCCCACUCCAGAACCAUUGGUUCCUGAAAGCACUUAUGCUUCUUUUAUCAAUAUAUCUGGGACUGAGCGGUGGGGUACACUAAGGAGACCACAGACUACUGUUGAUCUGAAUCGAAAUAACCUUCCUUCUGAACAGCUUACUUAUGCAAAUCUGUCUCUGUCAGGACGUAAUGACCCUACAAAUGUUGAACUUACAACAUCUCUUCCAGACAGGACCUGCUCUCUUCCUUGCCCAUUUCCAGUAAUAGGCAGGACCACGGCAGUGUAAAACUUUGACUGGAAUUAUUACUGGUAGUGUUUGAUAUCCUGGAAUGAAGGUAAAAGAUUUGUUUGCAAAACUAAAUGUGAGAUUAAAAAAAAAAAGGUUUUAGCCUUUGCAGGAUGGCAACUGCUGUGCUUCCAGCCUGCUGAAUUACAAAAUUACAAACAAAACGUUUUACAAAACUGACUUCAAAUUUUCUGUGAAGAUGGGAAUGAAAAGUGAAAAUUCUUUAUGUAGUUAGAGAUGUAUCAGGUGUUGUAUCCUAGUUGAAACUUAUGAAAGAACAGCAGUAUUAAGAUGCAUUAAACUGGUACAAGAUAUAUUUCUUAUUCACUCCGUGAAAGUGCAUCAUUAAAUCUUUACUUAUACAACAUAAACUUACAGUUGAUGUCUAAAUCACAUUUAACCACUUGCUUUAUAUAAUUGGUUUUAAAAUAAAUUAUGUGGAAUAUCAUUAUUAAAGGGGGGCAGCAUAGUGGCCCAGUGGAUAGCACUACAACUUUACAGAUGCAGCAUCCUGGGGUCCUAACUAGCACCUGGACAUUGUGUGGAGUUUGUACAUUCUCCCCAUGUUAGACUGGAUCUUCCUGUCAUAUCCCCAAUGGUUAAUUGGCUUUUCCAGAUUGUCCCUUGUGUGAGUAUGGCUGCAUGCAUGAGUGAGCUCCGUGUUGGACUUGCACUGUUUAGGGCUGUUUCCUGCCUUGUACAAAGUGAUUCUAAGAUGGGCUGUGGCCCUCCAUGACUGAACUGGAUUAACCUGUUUUGUGAUUGAGAUUAGAUAAAAUAAAAGGGUUUUGUCAAAUCAAACCUGAUCCUUUUAGCAAGAGUAAUACACUUUGAGGAUUAUUGUUUUCAUGUUGAAUGGCUUUUAAGAUGUAUGUUGUAUGUUUCUGAAUAUCAUCAAAGUUUAAACAUAUUUGGAUCUUCAAAGAAUUACUUAAUUUUGAAACAAAAGACACCAAAAGCAAACCGAUGAUAAACAUAUCAUUGGAUAUGGCCAUUAUCAUGACUUGAGACCCAAGUAUUACACCUUUUUAUUUUCUGCUAGCAUUAGAACAUACACUUUUUUCAAAACUGACACUUCUUUGCUGACAAUAGAUUUAUUUGCUUUACUAAUGUAAUAAACUAAUUGCAAACAUAAAUGUUGCUGUGUUAAAUAUCCCCAACAUUGCUAUAUAAAACUACAUAUAUGUCAACAUUUUUAUACACUUUAAUGUCAUACUACACAGAUCUGUCAAUAUGCCUUGAACCAAAAGUAUAUUUAAGUGAUUUGCAUUUGUUGAUUGCUACUUGCAUGUUUACAAAACCCUGCAUGUUCAGAGCUGUCAACUAAAGAGUUUUCAUGAGUUUUUCUGUCACAGUGAAAUCCUAUUUACCAUACUCACCAAAUUCAUAUCAAAGCAAUUUUAUUGUUUCCAAAAGUUACAGAUUUUUAUGGAUUUGUAAUUUAUUCAUAAUGUGACGUACACUUAUUUUCAAACCAAAACCAGUUUUUAUAAGGGGCACUUCCAGAAUAGUUAAGACUCUAUCAAGAUAUGCUGAAGGAGACUACAUUAAAGGAGAUAUAUUCAAAUAGCCAACAAGCUUCAUAGUUUCCUGUUAUUUUUCCUGUGUAUAAUAAGAGUAUAAUCUACUUUUAUACUUUUUUGCCAACAGACAGGUAUGAAUUGCUGCUGGGGAGAUUGUAAAUAAUACUGAAGAAAUCAUGUGCAAUAUUAAUAAUCGUAAAAUAUUGGAUGGGAGGGUGUCACCACCUUUUUCAGUGUAUUGUCCAAGCAUUUCUGUGUUCAGUAUACUAUGAUCUCCCUGUUUAUUUAUCAGUCGCGGAAAUAAUCAUUGACUUUAGGAGCCAAACAAAAUGCCUAACAUGCAGUGACAAUCUUUAUUAAGCUUUUAGUAAAUUACCAGGUUUGAUAUAACCAGUGGCAUUUUUCAGUCCAGUGCAUCUCAGACAUUUUAUAUUUGCAGGUUUGUAUUAUUUAAUGUUUACUGGUAUUACUCUAUAGUUCAUAGUGAUACAUUAGUAAAGCUUUCUAGAAAGCACAUAUGAAUCCCAAAGCUUGUUAAGGUGCUUCUUUGAGAUGUUUAGGGCUUUGGUAAACAGAUUUACCAAGAAAUAAUUUGAACUAGAAAUAUGUAUUUCCAUGAAAAAGGUAAAUUUUUAAUGAAUGCAUAAGGAGCCCAGCAUAAAAUUUUUCAAUAAUAGCCUUUGGUUAGGCAUAAAUGGAGUCUUUUAAGUGAGGCAUGCACCUUCUGAAUAGCACUUUUCUUACUGCAUGUAGUUCUGCUGUAGUAAGCCUGUAAUAGAAAAUAAAGUUAAUAAUUGUAAAAUAUGAAUAAAACUAUAGGUAUGAUGCAUGAUAGUACUGCACUCAGUUACCUAUUCAGACCAUAGAGUGAUUGAAUAAAACCCAUGACUUUUAUAGAAACUGAAAAGAUUUUGCUAAGUUUCUUACGAUGUUAAAAAUGUUACACAAAAAUAACUC